AUUAUGGCCUUUAUGUACAGCCUACAGUAGUGGCCCGUUGACUCUGCACGCAGGAUGGGGAUGGACUGAAAGCUUGGCGGAUGUCAGCAGGAAGCACACUGCUUACAGCAGCUUAAAGACUGUUCCUGUUCAUAGAAGGAGGAAUAAAAAUGGGGAAAACCAUUUAUCUCUGCUUCAUAGUAGCUGUGUUUUGCUGCUCUGUAUUAUGUGACCACCAUGGUGAACAUUCAAAGCACCAGCAUGAUAAACAUCACAGUGAUCACGAGCACAAACAUCAUCAUGAACAUCCACAUAAGCAUGAUGAAAAGGAAUUCCGGAUUGCAGAACCCAAUGCCUUGUUUGCCUUCAGAUUAUAUAAUAAAAUAGCAUCGCAAGCUGAUGAAGUUUCCAAAAACAUCUUUUUUUCUCCACUGGGAAUCUCUUUUGCUCUUUCAAUGUUAUCUUUGGGAGCGAAGGGUGAAUCUCAUGACCAGAUGUUUGAAGGAUUAGGAUUCAACCAAACCGAAUUAAAUGAAACAUUGGUGAAUGAGGCUUUUGAGCAUCUUGUCAAAACCCAAGCAAAGCAUGAAAAUUUGGAGCUUUCAACUGGGGGUGCGGUCUUCAUGGAAGAUAGCUUUAAGCCAAAACCCACAUUUUUGGAAGAGAUUAAGAGGCAUUAUCAUGCAGAAGGUUUCAAUGUAAACUUCAGAAAUUCAACGGAGGCCACUGCUGUAAUCAAUAACUAUGUAGCAAAAAAAACCCACGGCAAAAUUACUGAUUUAGUCAAAGAUUUGGACCCACAGACUGUAAUGUAUCUGCUUAGCUAUAUAUUCUUCAAAGGAAAAUGGGAAAAACCUUUUCUGAAGGAAGUAACCCGAAAAUAUGAUUUCCACAUUAAUAAUGAAACUACAGUGGUAGUUGAUAUGAUGUAUAAGGAUUCUUACUUUGAAAACUAUGAGGACACUGAUCUGGGCGCACAGGUGCUGAAACUCCCCUACAACUCUGGUACUUCUAUGCUGCUUGUUAAACCCACAAAGGAUAUUCAUGAAGUAGAAAAAUUAUGGUGUAAGCAACACCUGAAGAAGUGGAAAAAAAAUCUGCAUAAAAGCCGACUAGCAAUUUAUGUGCCAAAAUUUUCAGUGAGUGCUUCUUAUUCUCUCCAAAAAGUGCUCUCUGAAAUGGGAAUCACAGAUAUAUUUAGUGAUGAAGCUGACCUGUCAGGUAUUACUGAUGAGACAAAACUGAAAGUAUCCAAGAUUGUUCACAAAGCUGUGUUGGAUGUUGAUGAGACAGGAAGUGAAGCAGCAGCAGGCACUGGUGCUGAAAUAAUCCCAAUGUCACUUCCUCCUUCAAUAACAUUUGAUAGGCCCUUCCUGAUUCUCAUUCUUGACCAUAAUACCAAGAGCAUUCUUUUCAUGGGUAAAAUAGUUAAUCCUACAGCAAAGUAAACCAAUGUGAAUGAUGAUGCAAGUAACAUCAAACAUUGAGAGGUCAGAUAGCCUCCUUAAUUCAAAGUCUGCAUUUUAUGUUCACUGUGGUAUUAAUUGUAAAGCAGUCCCAGCAAAAGGUGUAAAGUAGUUGUAGUAUCAAUGGAAAAUGGUAUUAAAAUGGAGUGUUAAAAGUCAAGAAGCUCUUCUCGGGUCUAUUUUGGGAUGCAAGUACAGUGAAUCGCAUGUAUUGACAACUCACAAUUUGGAGGACAUUUUGGGUGAACUGAUCCUCGAAUGUUUGCCUUUUCACCUGCUUUCACCUGAUGUAUGUAACAUGAAAUAUUUCAUUGUUUUAAAAGGUUACAUUAAAAUUCCUAUAGAAUAA